AUGAAGAAAAUCACGAUCGCAGCCGUCGUUGCAAUUGCCUCCCAGGCCUUUGCGGAGCCGUUGCCUUACAGACCUGCCAAGGCCUUCCUGUCUGCCCGCGAGAUCUUUGGACUGGAUCGCCGCGAUACCGAUGUCUACCACCCGAAGCAGUCGUGUGGCGCCUCAUUCGCGCAAUGCGCUUCUACCGACAACCAGAUGCAUUGCUACGACUCUGGUGCGAACGAGGCCUGUUGUCCAGACGGUAGCGGAAACUCCUGCGAGGCCGGCUACUACUGCGCAGCCGACACGGCUGGCCAGACCGUGUGUUGCCCUGAAGGCACGGAUCUGACAACUUGCGCCUCCAAGUAUUCAGUCGCGGGUGGCCUCCACUUCGAGACCAAGGUCUCGAGCUCAACUGCCUCCAGCACUAGCACUGCUGCCGCUAGCUCGUCGGCCUCGUCUUCCGCUGUGACCAGCACCCCAGCCUCGCCCACCGGUGGUAUUUUCUUCGAGUCCGGCAAUUCUACAUCAGCAGGUGCGGCGUCUGGUACUGGCACUGGAGGCAGUGGUUCCGCUACCAAGACGACUGGCGCAGCCGGCUCCAGCACUGCGUCUGCGACUGGCUCGACCACCAAUGGUGCAGGUGUUGCCAGCCCUGCCAGCUUCCUGGCGCUGCUUGGCGUGGCUGGCCUCGCUGCGUUGCUGUAG